GAAGGUGACUUGUGCCUAAAACAAUAAUAUAUCCUGUACUUGUCAUCUAGCUAGUUAGAGUUGCACUAAUACUAUUAGCAAUAAUAAUGGGUCACUCUUGUGGAAUUGGAAUGCAUCUAGGGUAUAAGCAUUUCUCCAUUUAUUCCCAUGAUCAUGAAAAGGUUACCAAUAGCUCAAUCUUCCAAAUAAAGAAGCUAAACUCAAACUAUACCAACAAAAACUACAAAAGGCCCUUGUUAUGCAAUAAUGCCCUUGAUAAUAAUAACGCUGCAGAUAAUCUGGUGGCGGCGCCAGUGCCACCACAUAAGAUAUCGACGAUGGUGCCACAAACACUAGCACAACAAACAGCAUUUAAGGAUGGUAGCACUAGUAUGUCUGUGGUGUUGGCUCCUGGCUUGGAGCCUGCCACCAUUGUUAUACCAACUCACGUUAAAAGAUCUGAUUUUCCUCCUGGUUUCGUAUUUGGUGCCUCCACUUCUGCCUUUCAGACUGAAGGAAAUGGAAAAGAAGGUGGAAGAGCACCAAGUACCUGGGAUUCCAUGAUUUCGAGUGGCGGGAACCAGAUGGCUAUUGAUUCAUACAGUCUCUAUCAGGAUGAUGUUCAGCUAUUGAAAGACAUGGGCAUGACUGCUUAUAGGUUCUCCAUUUCAUGGUCCAGAAUAUUACCUUAUGCGGGUGUCGACAACAGUUUCGUCAAUCAACAAGGAAUUGACUUCUAUAAUAACUUGAUCAAUCAACUGAUUGAUAACGGAAUCACCCCUUUCGUGACGAUGUUUCACUUCGACCUCCCCCAAAGUGUACAAGACAAAUAUAGCGGUUUUUUGAGCGAGGAUAUAAUAAAGGACUUCAAAUACUACGCGGAUGUAUGUUUUAAGAACUUUGGUGAUCGGGUUAAGAAUUGGAUAACUAUAAAUGAACCCUAUAAUUUUGGUUCAUUCGGGUUCAAAACAGGGCUGCCUGCAGACAAUACAAUUGAUCCAAGCCCAUAUGUUGCCACCCACAACAUCAUCCUAUCUCAUGCUGCCGUUGUCCAACAUUACAGAGAUACUUACCAGGAAAUUCAAGAUGGAAAGAUUGGAAUUUCACUAUCAUCUUUGUGGUUCGAGCCUUAUGACAGGAAAAAUGGACACCAUAUAGAGGCCCAAAAGGCAUCUUUAGAAAUGAUGUUGGGUUGGUACAUGGAUCCGCUGGUGAAUGGUGAAUACCCGAAAGUAAUGCAGGAUCUUGUAAUCGGGGGGCUUCCAAAGUUUACCCCAGAGCAAAAGGCAAUGGUGCAAGGUUCUUUCGACUUCAUAGGCCUCAACUAUUAUACUGCAAGAUAUGUCACACCCUCUCACAUAUCCACUAUUGACACCACCUAUGGACAGUGUCGUACGGAGUUCAUAGAGCAAGGAGUGCAAAAUAAGGAAGGAACGUACAUUGGGACUCCAGCUCCACAAAGCAACGAUAUUUAUGUGGUUCCUACAGGACUGAGAGACUUGUUGAUUUACGUUAAGCACAGAUACAACAACCCAGAAGUAUAUGUAACUGAAAAUGGUGUUCCUGCAACGCCCACAAUUACGGGAUCCAUUAAGGAUUUAGCAGCAAAUAAAAACAUCGAAGAAAUCCGAGAAGCACUUCUUGAUGAGUAUCGGAUCAAGGAUAUUAACGAGCAUCUCUUCAAUCUUCGUGAAGCUUUAGCGGACAUUACAAAAGAGGACGGAAAAUCAGUGAGUACAAAUGUGAAGGGAUACUUUGUAUGGUCUUUGGCAGAUAAUAUGGAAGUGGAUGUGGGAGGAUACCAAACACGCUAUGGCCUUAACUAUGUUGAUUAUCUUGAUAGGCAUAGACGUUAUCGUAAGGCGUCUUCCAUGUGGUUCACUCAUUUCAUGGCUCCCUCCACUCAACAAUGAAAUACCUUAGCUUCAAAUGAAUAUAUGAUGAUCGAUCACCACACGGGAUGCAGGAUAUUGAACCCCAAUCUUUAGGUUGGAAGAUGCUAUGGUUGAAUAUUAAUUAAAACCUUAGUUGGGUCUUUAAUUAGGGGAUGAUCCUCAUAAGUGGCGGAGCCAGUUUUUUUUUUCGGGGAGUCGGCAGUGGCGUAUCCAAGAUUUUUAGAGUGUUUGUGUGUGGUAAUUUUCAACAACACACAAUGUAUACCUAAAAAAAUGUAUUGUCCUAAAAUUAAUAAAUAUUCAUAUUACAAUCAAAUACCUACAAAAUUAUUACAAUUA